AUGAAAGGCGCAAAGAAGGACAAGAAAAAUGGAAAGGAUAGCGGCGGGGGAGUCGUUGCCGCGGUCACCAAGCACGCCGCAGGCAAGUUCACUGCCAACAAGGACAAGGAGCCUACUUCAGACUCCUCCUCAUCCCCGGUCCAGUCCCCAGACCUGAAACCUGCCAGCAUACCUUCGAGUGGGAACACUGCACCUUCGCCGCUUCUGGAUGCCGUCUCCGCCACGUCGUACGCGACAAACACCACAAGGAGCACGAACGAAUGGACAAAAGGGGUGUCGGGCCUGGCAGGCUCACCGGGGAACCUGAUAAACCUCAUGGGAGAAUCACCGCCCACUGCGCCGUCUUCCUACGAAGAUACACGUGGAUGGGCUUCACCCCGUCCGAUUUACAACGGCCAGCCCGUAUCUGCCUCGCCUCCAGUUCAAGGUAGGCGGCCGCUCAGUUUUCAAAUGGAUCAGCAUUAUGCGCCAUCAGAGGCGUACGCCCCAUCGGUUGCCUCAUACAGACGAAGCUCGAUGCACUCUCAGACCGCCUACGCGCGGGGCGCUAACAACCCGCCGCUUCCACACCAGCAUCAAGCCCACUUCUACGGUACCCCGGAUAUUGACCUGGAGUUCGGGCAAGCAGCUGGCAUGAAGGCUGGUGAAAGGGGCUAUGCCUUCAGUUUCGAUACAUUACCGAGACUUCAGGGCACCACUGCUCGGGGCAAAGACACAGUCGUGCUAACAGGCUAUGAAGGGGGCCUCGAAGUACAUUCGGCCACGAAGAAUAGCGUCGACCCUGUUGCCAGCCUGAAAGGGCUGCGAGGAGGUGUGUUCUUCGCCAAAAUCCUGCCCUGGACUCUGGCCGGCGAGGCAUCUGAUCCGAGCCCUCUCGUUGCUGUCGUUGUCCAUGGGCCUGUGUUACCGUACACCACCCCCGAAGUCAAAGUUGAUGGCAACUAUGCCAGUGGACAAGAACGGUCCGGGGCAGCGUCGCCUGCAGGGACCGACUUGGGCCAAAAAGAAGGCUUGGGCAUGAGGACGCCUUCCGUCGACUUCUAUCAAACCAGCGUGGACGUCUACUCUUUAAAGGAUAGCAGACGUGUAGCGACUCUGCUCGAGGGCCCUAGGAUCCCUCUCAAAGUGCCCAUCACGAGUCCCAUUUUCCAGGCACCACUUCCCAGCGGAUCACUUCGGAUUCUUGCUGAUAGUGGGAACAUCGUGAUCGCUUCAGGGCAGACUGGUGAAAGCUGGAUCUACCGUCAAGCGAGCAUUCCUCACGAACCAGGCAUUGAGUUCAGAUGCGUGGGCAAAUUGUGGACCACAAUACAACAACCUCUGGUAGACCCGACACAAGAGACUGAGCGAUUGCGGGCGAACGUCCAACGUCAAGCGCCGAGGGCUCCCAUCAUUGCCCUGAAGGGAAGAUGGAUCGCCUACUGCCCAGCUGCUCCGUCGUCGCAGGUGUCGCUACGAGCAACUGUACCAGUGCCAGUGCAAGGAAAGGCACCAGGGCUUCUGUCGUUGACACCACCUCAGCUGCCCAGUGUCGUUUCGGAUGUCGACCUGCCAGCUGGAGACAGCAUCAUGAAUAAACUGAUGCGUGAGACCACGCAGGAGGUGAUACAGGGUGCGAAGUGGAUUGGCGAGCGAGGACUGCAAGCUUUCAGCAACUACUGGAGUAAAUCCGCAACGCCGUCCCAGCAGCCCCGCUCGCCACCUGGGGGGCAGACUUGGAAUCCGCCGUACGCUCGAGCAGAUCCACCCCAGUUCCCGCCGACUCACGGCUCUACAGCUCCAGCAGUCACAAAAGAGCCUGGCCUCGUGUCUAUUGUAGUUGAGACAUCGCUGGUCUCGUCUUCAAUACACCCAGCCACAACAUUCGCCACAUCAGGCUGCAGUUACUUGUCAUUUGCUCCCAAUGGGCUCUCGCUAUUCACGGCGAGCCCAAAGGGUGAUGUCCAGAUUGUAUGGGAUUUGCUACGCAUCCAGCACACGAAAUCUUCCCCGCUGCAUACCGCGGCUGGACAAAGCUUCUCGAGUGGGCCUCGAGUUCGACAAAUUGCUCGAUUCUCGAGAAUGACUGUGGCUCGCAUCGUUGACGUGUCAUGGAUGAAACCUUGCGGCGACUGCAUAGCCAUGGUCACAGAAAGGGGCACAGUUCAUAUUCUGGAAAUGCCAGAAAGUGCCUUUGUUUGGCCCCCUCCACGCCGGAGGAUCCCCUUGCAGGAGACAACUGCGAACGUCUCUGAGGGUGGCAGUUCUGCCGUGUCUAUUGCUACCGGAGCGUUCAACUCCGCUUGGGACGCUGCUCGCCCGCUCAUCGACCGAUCUCGCCGCAGCAGCUCGAACGCGCCUCAAACGACCGGCUCAAAAAUCGUUGGGCAUGCCAACUACGGCGGGAAGAUAAUCGCUGCCGGUAUCAGCCACUCGCUUGGAAAGACCGGAAGCGCUAUCAAUCAAUUCCGCCACAGUGGUGACAACCGCAUAUCACUUCCGCUGGGCUCAAACGCACCGGGCCCUUCAUGUGUCAUACUAGUUGCGAAUGGUAAGGACCACUCGCUGUUCGUUCUUGGGGACGGGUUGGUGCGGACUUUCCCACAGCGGCCGCGUAAGGUGCGGACUGCCGAUGGAAGGCAGAAUGCUACUCGCUUCAGACGAUACAAAGACUUCAAGCUCCCGACGCUCCCUGACGAUCUUAUCUGUCCUAUUGUGAAGCGCUUGAUCGAUCCUGACGAGUAUCUGGACCUGAUGGACAGGGACGUUGAUGCUGUUAACAACACGAUGGUACUCAAUGCUCGUCCCAAGGUACCGCGACGGAAUGCCAGCGCAGAAUCAUCGAUACCACAGGCAGAGAUUGAGUCCUCUGCACCCUACCAGCCCUUCCACACCGACAAGCGUGUGGCACUUUACGAGUACACCGCCGAGCAGGGAGCGAGCGCGGUCUCGUCGCAACUACCCACGGCUUCGGUUCUACUCGCUGACACUAACCAGGACAGCAAAACAGGCCGUACUCCACCCCGCCGCAAGCAGAAGUCCACCGUUGCGAAGGAGUCUGCGACCAACCCAGGAGGGGCGUGGGCCUUUGGACAGGCUAUUACUGCGAAUAGGAUCGAUAGUGGCCGCCGCCACAGUGGAGAUGAGGGAGCGUUCACCAUGUCGACAGACGAUGUGCGUGCGUUGCCCCAGUCGGCUAUGGAACGGUCUGUGAUGCGCCAGCAACGUGUCGACGAUGAGGAACAGAUCGUGAUAACCACCAGGCGCCGAAGAGGCGGGGGCCGCCACGGAGACCUCGAAGACGAGGACGGAUUCUUCGAGGAUGACUGCGAGGUUCUUGACUUUGCAGACCAGAGGGUCUGA